CGCUCCCGCAGCUCCCCACUUCCGGCUUAAGUUGAACCUCCAAUUUUCCCUGCGGUCCAUACCAACCUCUCGUUGGUCCAAUCUAUUCCUCCUGCUCCGGAGAGCAGGUCCCCUGGUGCCUCUGGGAUCAUCUUCUCGAUUCGUGUCUCAACCCCCUCAUCCGACUACCUACGUAGACGCCUACCGGGUAGCACUCUCUCUAUCUCUCUCCUCCAAAUUCCCAAGCUCCCUCGCUCUCCGCGUGUAACCACGAGCCUCGAGAGUCUGGAGUUCCCGGUCAGAAACUACGACUAGUUGAGACCCUGAAUCCUCUGCGAAUGCGCCUCUUCGUCGCACUGGCUAUUAUUCUGUCAUACACCCAGUAACACGAGCUGUCCCACUACCGUCAUUCCCCACCUCUCUCUCUCUCGCCCCUGCUGUUGCUGUUGCUGUUGCUGCGGGCCCCUCCGCGACUCGAGGCCGCGGAACUGUCCUGGAAUUCCUCUCUCUUCUCUCCCCUCCUCCUCUUCUCUUCCUUCUUCUCUCUCUCUCCCUCUCCCUCUUUCUCUACCCCUCCGACUCACUUGCCUUACUUUCAAUUCGACGACUCUUCCUCACGCUUUCCUCGUUCAAAAGAUAAGCGACGAGACGAUCUCUCCCGGUUCCAUCCCCUCGAUCCCGGGAUCUGCGCGCACGCCUCUCAGACUCCCAGUCUUGAGAGAGCGCGCCUGUGAAGAUGAAGUUCGGUAAACAGAUUCAGCGCCGGCAGCUCGAUCUUCCCGAAUAUGCGGCCAGCUUCGUCAACUACAAGGGGCUGAAGAAGCUCAUCAAGCAACUCAGCGCCACACCUACUAUUCCCGCGCAGCGAACGGCCGAAGAGAUUGCCCAAGAUGGUACGCUGGAUCCUCAGGCUUCCCUUCGCGCGAACAAGGAGGUGUUCUUCUUUCGUUUGGAGCGGGAGAUUGAAAAGGUCAAUGCUUUUUACCUGCAGAAAGAAUCAGAGUUCUCGCUACGUUUGAAAACACUAGUCGACAAGAAGCGCGUGAUCCAGUCACGAAACGUCUCCAAUUCCAAGGCUCCGUCGAACUUUGUGGCACUUUUCGAGGGAUUCCAACAAUUCGAUGGCGAUUUGAACAAACUGCAGCAAUUCGUCGAGAUCAACGAGACUGCCAUGUCCAAGAUCUUGAAGAAAUGGGACAAAACUUCCAAAUCCCGCAUGAAGGAGCUCUAUCUGCACCGUGCAGUCGAAGUGCAACCUUGUUUCAACCGCGAGGUCCUCCGGGAUCUAUCAGAUCGGGCUACGACCGCUCGGUUAGAGUUGGAGGCCUGGGCCGAGGGAGAGAACCUACAAUUUGACACUUCGCGACCAACCGAGCGUUCUACGGCGCCAUUUGGUACGGAGGAAGAGGAGAUGGAUCUUCAAGUCUUGCAGUCUGCAUCUGCCGGAAACCUGCAGAACCUGCGGGAGUGGGUGGCAAAGCUGCACUCCUUCCCAGAUUCCCGUGAUCGAGCCACGAGGACUUUCUUGAAUGCGAUCAACGGCUUCGCCGACGAGAUUCUUGGCCUUCUCCUUGAAAGCGGUCUGGUCGACAUUCACGCUGAAGAUGAUAUCAAUGAGCGAAACUGUCUCCACGAGGCCGCCAUCUCCGGGAGAGACUUUGUCUUCAAGGCCGGCCUUGCAGCCGGUGUCGACUUCUCUCUUUCCGAUGUCUAUGGACGCAUUCCUCUACAUUACGCGUGUAUGCACGGCCGAGUGGAUAUGGUGCGGGAGCUGCUGGCGGCUGGCCCGCAUACGGUGGACAUUAUGGAUCACGACAAUUUCACUCCUUUGAUCCACAGUAUCGUCAAGGGACAGCUCGCUUGUGCCGAGCAGGUGCUUUAUAGCAACGCUCGGAUCGAUCCGGCCUCCGAAUCGGAUCAUAUCCCACUCAACUUGGCCUGUCAACAUGGUUCCCUCCCGAUCGUGAAAAUGCUCCUUGAGCGCAAGGCCCGCUUGUUGCCUGAUGCCGAGGGCCUCUAUCCCCAACAUAUGGUGGCUCGGGCUUCUCAAUCACCGGACCUUCUAUUCCUCCUCAAGCAGCACGGUGCUGAUCUGGAUCAACGAGACAAAUUGUAUCAGUGGACGCCUCUGUUCCAUGCUGCGAGCGAAGGCUGCGUGUCGUGUCUACGAACGCUUCUUGAGCUGGGUGUGGAUGCAAAGGUGGCUGAUGAGAAGGGCCUCUCGGCCAUGUACUAUGCCGCAUGGGAAGGGCAUUUGGAGUGCAUGUUGCUUCUGUGGGCUCAACCGUCUCAAGCACGUCCGUCCCAGCGGCCGCUGGAUCUUCUCAAUGGCGUGCAGUUCCAGGAGCCUGGCAUGAUGGAGGACUCCGGAGCUAUGCGCCGUUCUAGCGCCGCUGAGAUGGAUAUUGCUGAUGGCAUCCCGGACUUGGAACUCCCCCCGCCCAUUAUUCCUCUCCGUCGAUACGGUCACAACUUCUUGGACAAGAAGGUCUUUGUCCAGCUCCUCUUCGAUCAGGGCAACGCUGGAUCCAUCGCCUUUGAACAGGCUGGCCGCCACCCUGCGGCCCGUCUGACCAUUUCCUCCAAACUCUCCGAUCUCAUCCCCCGCACCAUCGUUCUCCCUAUCCAAGACGACUCUCGAACGAUCUCCUUCCACGUGGAUAAUCUCGACACCUUUGCUGUGGAUUUCGAAAUCUUCCCCACAUUUGGCUCCAAGGUGAUUGCCAAGAGUGUGGCUUUACCCGUGGUCUUUGGUGCGGAAAAGUCUAGCACGGGCUCGUGCUGCUUGCCUCUCUUUGACCCUCGUCUUCGUGCCAUUGGUCAACUACGCUUCAACUUCCAGGUCAUCAAGCCGUACCACGGUGAUCCCCUGGAGAUCACCCAUUUCGCGACUUACUGGAAGGCCACGAGCGCAGUCGAUUCCGAACACAAUGGCCUGGUUACUGGCUCAAGUUUGUCGGGAGAUUACGUGCAGCUCUUUGUGCAGCUUACCAAAGACCGCGUCCCGGUUCUUUACCCCCAGUUCAUGAUCAACCACCACGGAAUCGACAUUCCCGUGUGCCAGUUGUCGUUCGCUCAGUUCCAGAGCAUCGGUGCCGAGCGGGGUGUCAACCAACAAGAGGUCGCGCGAUUCUUGGAGACACAAGCGGUCAACGACAUGCCACAAGCACAUCGCAUUCUGGCUGCAUCCUUCAUGUCUCUACGAGAGGUUCUAUGGCAGCUCCCGAUUGACUUGAAUGUCAACCUCUCCGUUCUCUACCCCUCUAGUGCCGAGGAGAAAGCUCUUGGCUUGACGUCUCUUACAGAUGUCAACAGCUUUGCUGAUGCCAUCCUGACAAACGUCUUUGAUCACGCCCGUGUUGCUCGCGAAAAGAGCCCCGACUUUAUGCGCUCCGUAGUCUUUACCUCUUACAAUCCCAAUAUCUGCACUGCGCUCAACUGGAAGCAGCCUAACUACCCGGUCCUCCUUUGCAAUGACCUCGGUCAAAUUCGGGAUCUUGCUGGUAAUGUGGAUGCACUGCCCCAUGUGAAUAGUAGCGGCCGUGCCUCGAUGUCGAUUAAGGAGUCUGCUCGGAUCGCUCAGAGUAACAACUUCAUGGGUCUGAUUUGCCGGUCAAGUCUUCUGAACGUCGUCCCUGCACUUGUGGAGACUAUCAAAGAACUUGGCCUCGUGCUGGUGGCUGAUACUUGCGACGAGACUGGGCAGCUUGAUCGCGGGGAUGCACUUACCUCUGCCAAUGCCAUGGGCGUGGCGGAGUGGGCAUACCGGAUGCCCGACGGCGUGAACGGCGUGAUGAGAGCCAACGGCGUUCUACGAUUCAACGACAUGAUCGAUAUGUGAUCGCCAUCUUACAUUGCAUCCCCCGUUCCCCGAAUUCCCCGAAACUUUUUUUUCACUCUGAACCUGUUCCAACACUUUGCAUCUCAUUAUUCCCAUCACCCUCCGAGACGAAGACCACGAGUUUCCCGUAUCUAUCUGCUACCCCGUCAUGCUCAACGAUUCUUUUUAUUACCUUUUUUUUUCUGCUCUCCGGUCUGUCUGGUGCAAGUGCAGGUCCAAUUUAGUACUGGUUCAUUGCCCAUCGUGUCACAUCUUCCGACAUCUUAUAUUUCUUCUUCAAUCUAAAAACGGCGGACUGCUCUUUUUUUCGUCUUCUUUACACAGCGAUUUGCAAAUUUGAACUUCCUUUGGCCCAUGUGAUUUUCUACCGUUCGGCCCAUCUCUGCGGGCGCUGGAAUAAACGGUUGAUGGCUUUUUUUGCAGCUGCUAGACUUCCUCGUCUAGCUCGUGAUCUGCUCUGGUGUAUCAUAACCCUGUAGAUUGAUCGCUGAUGAUGUUUGAUAAUUAUGAUUGAGUGGGGAUCACACAAAAGAACUUGUGCGCCGGUUUAAAUCUAAAAUGGCUGUAAAGAGUAAUGUACAAAAAGGUGUGAACCACCCCCAACACGCCCCCGUGUAGGUCAUCGUCCCGCUAUGCUGUACAGUAAAUCAUUUCCCCCGUCUAUAAAGAGUUUGUACUCGUAGUUAUACUCGUACCUUCAGCGUGCUGGUGCUGGUGCUGGUGCUGGUGCUGGUGGCGAUUAGGUGCUCUUCGGCUUGCGCUUGCCAAUAUCCCAGCCCCAGCGCCGCAACACCUUGACAAUCUUGGGCGUCACGGCCGCCGUCAACGGGACACGGAAGAAGAUCAGACUCUUGUGGACGGCAUACGCCAACGCCAACUGAGUCCAUAUACUAGCUUCCUCCAUACUCCGCUCCUGCUUCACAAGCGCACUAUCCUCCUCCUCCUCACCCUCACCCUUCCCACCGUCCUCCUGCGGCCAAACAGAAUAAAACGCAUCCUUGACAGUCUGAACCACGACGUGCUCCCAAUGCCCAAUCCUCUCCACGCCAAGUAACCGCACCGCAAUGAAACAGAACGGGAAAUCCAGCGCGGACAGUCCCAAGUACACACCCAGCGCGGCCCAGCCGUAUUCACGGGACAACGUCCGAAGACGCUGUGAGAGAGACCCGCCUUCUUUGGGGGCUUGUGUGGUGGAGGAGGAGGAGUUUGCGCGGCGCGCGUUGCGACGUGGUAAUUGGACCGUCUUGGGCCGGAGACUCGGUCGGGUGCGAGUCGCGAAGCGACUUGCUAGCGAGGUGAAGGUGCGUCGGGUGUUGGUUCUGGGACCGGCUGAUUGGCCGGUCAGACGGGCCGAUCGAGUCAGAGAUAGACUCUGUGAUGGGGAUGUUUGGGUUGCGCGAAGCGCAGUUCGGUGGAGGAGCUCCGUUGGCUGUACGAGCCAGCGGGAGAACAGGGAUGGCCGGAGUGCCAUUUUUUGGGGGUUUGGUAUUUAUUCCCUUUUUUUUGUUUUGGAGAUGGUGAUUGGUGAUUGGCGACUGGGUUGGGAGGGUGUGUCUAAUGGGUAGAGUGGAUGAAAGGGGCGGGUUGUUGUUGGUGGGUGGGUG